GCCCUGAUGAAGAGGGAGAGUGUGCACAGCUGUUGUACCGCAUCUUGUUCUCCGAGGGUACAAGAGGGUGCGAGGAAGCGAACUAGCUCGAAGCCUCAACCCCCAAAGGCCCUGUCUCGCUCGAAGACCUGGCUCAUUGCUUGCGAACCUGCGGCCCUGCUGACAUCCUUCUAGGUCCACAGCCAAGAUGCUCUACCAGCGCCUCCCACCUGCACUGUACUCCCUUUUGGUCGCAUACACGGUUGCUAUCAGCGGCAUGUGCAUAGCAUACGAUGUAGUGGUAAUGAAUGCAGUCCUUCUCAUGCCUGACUUCCUGCUCAUGGCCAACACCACCAAGCAAGAGACGCUUGCCUUUCUCUCCUCUGUCCUCCUCAUCGGUGCAGCCAUCGGUACUCUCCCCUCUGCCUGGCUAGCAGACAAGCUCGGUCGCCGUGCUCCCAUCUCAAUCGGUGCGCUGCUGUACGUCGUGGGUACGGGAGUCCAGCUGGGAGCGGAUAAGAGGGCAAUCACGCUGGCUGGGAGGGCGAUCAGCGGUGUUGGAGUGGGGUUCAUGGCCCUCUGUUGCUCCCUCUACACGGCAGAGAUGUCCACUUCUUCCAAUCGCGGUAUGCUCACUUCACUCCAGCAAUUCUUCCAAGUCAAGGAAGUUCUCAUUGCCGCAUUCGUGGUGUAUACCUCUACAAAGGACAAUUUCGGAGAGGAAAAGCAGUGGAAGAUGCCAGUGGGCGUAUCUAUGGGUCCUGCGGUCAUAUUGAUGGUGAUGAUUUGGCUAAUGCCGGAGUCGCCGAGAUGGCUGAUGAUGCGAGGGAGAGAGGCAGAGGCGAUUCAUGCUCUUGCUAAAUUCCACUCCCGAGGCGAUGUGAAAGAUACGUACGUCUGUGCGCAAGCAGCAGACAUCAAGGCUGCCUGCCUCUCAAGUCGAGCGCAAGGCGAUGCCCUCCGGUCCAUCUUCCGCAGCAAAGCCGGCCGCAAGCGCUUCGCCAUCGGAUCUCUCAUUGCCGCCUCGGGGCAAGUCACAGGCCAGUCGCUAGUGCAGUACUACCAACCAGCAAUCUACCGCGCCCUAAACUUCUCGCUCAAGCGUACCCUGCUCUUCCAGUGUGCCCAUGCAGGAGUGGGACUUGUGGGGACUUGCUUCGCCAUUGCUCUUAUGGAUCGACUCGGGAGAAGAUUCCUCGCUGUAAUCUCGAUGGGCCUGUGUGCCAUUGGACUGGCGGGAGCAAUGGUCACUAUUGAGCGUUGGCCCAUUGAAAGUCUCAAAGGCGAUAGAGAUACGGGUCACUAUGCCCAUCUAGGCUUUACAUGGCUCUUCUACUUUGCCUUCAAUGCCGGCAUCGGACCAGUCACCUACACUUAUGCUACCGAAAUCUUCAACACUCCUGCCCGCUCCCUCGGCUCUGGCUUUAUCCUCCUGACUAGCUGGUUUGCCAACUUUAUGAUCACCCAAGGCGCCUCUAAAGGAUUUGAGAAGCUUUCCUGGAAGUACUUCCUUAUCUUCCUCGUACUCGCUGCACUCAACGGCUUGUUCCUCCUAUUGGGAAUGCCAGAGACGAGGGGGAGGACAUUGGAGGAGAUGGAUGAAUAUUGGGGAGAGGAGGACAUGCAGCGGAUGAUCGUGCUUGGGAGGAGGACGGGGAGGGUGGGGAGGAUGGAGAGGGAGAUGGAGCUGAGGAGUGGACUGGUGCGACGAUUGCAGGUGGAGAGCUUGGGGCUGGAGCUCAAAGGCAACUCACAGGCGUAGAGUGGAGAGGGAGACUUUCUCACCUUGACAAUCCACGCUGACGACUCCUCCAAGCAUAGCAAGCCUGUUCCGACGAUGUAGAUUGCAUGCCCAGCUUUCGAAGACGAGCUGCAGCACGACACUAUCUUCUUUCUAGAAUAUGUAAUGACCUCUUAUGUCCACAAAGGCCUGGUCCCGUCCUUCCUUCUCGUCCGGCCAUCUAAGACCCCAACUCACGUCGCAGUGCUCAAGCAAGCACCACCUUGCCAUACUUCUGCAGUACCCUCUCCUCCACUCCAUCUCCUACCCACCUCUUUCCCCCCUUCUC